AUGGAGGUGGCAACAACAAUGUGUACUCUUCCUCCUUAUCACUUACAAGGGUUGUCUGACGAGAAAGCCUGGGAUUUAUUUGAAUUGCUGGCAUUUGCUCCUGGAGAAGUUCAAAAGAAGCUAAAUCUAGCGAGGGUUGGGAAAGAAAUUGUAAGGAAAUGUGUCAAUGUCCCUUUGGCUAUAAGAGCUUUAGGGAGUCUCCUUAAUGGAAAGGAUGAAAGCAAGUGGUUGUCAAUCAAGGAUACACGUCUUGCCAAUAUUUCUGAGAACCAGAAUAGCAUUAGCAUUAUGAGCAUUCUCAAACUUAGCUACCACCACUUAUGGUCCCCGUUGAAGAAUUGUUUUGCUUAUUGCGCAUUGUUUCCAAAGGACUGCAGGUUUAAGAAGGAAACUCUGAUUGAUCUUUGGAUGGCUGAAGGCUUCAUUAUUCCGACCAAUGAAAGCCAAAGUUUGGAAGGACUUGCUGAAGAAUAUUUUCUUGUGUUAUUGCAACGGUGCUUCUUUCAAGAAACAUCAAGAAAUGAAUGGGGGGAAAUCACGAGCUGUAAAAUGCAUGACUUGAUGCAUGAACUAGCUCAGCAAGUGGCUGGAAACAAAUGCAAGUUCAUAAAGGUCGGAGAAAGUGAUUAUAACAAGAGAAUCCAUCACUUGUCUUUCGCUUAUCGUUUGGCUUCCGUGUGGAAAAUACCCAGUCGGAUGCAAAACUUGAAGCUUUUGCGAACAAUCCUUUUACCAAAACAACUUGGAGAUGGGUCGACCUUUCGCAAAUCAACUUGUCAAGAGCUGAUAUCAAGUUUUAGAUGCUUGCGAGUGUUGGACCUACAUCACCUUGGAGUCACAUGUCUGCCCAGUUCAAUAGGCCAACUGGUGCACCUAAGGUACCUCAACUUAUCUGUGACACCUAUUAAAGCUCUUCCUGAUUCUGUCACAGAACUUCACAACCUACAGACUAAUUCUGUAUUUGUGUUUGAAGCUUAG